GUUAGAUAAAGUUGGUGUCUGUUAUUUAAAUUAAACAUUUUUCUGACUUUGCCGGCCAUCAACUAAAGCUGGAACAUUAUGUCCUGCCACUGUAGGGUUUUUAAUACAUGAUCGUGGCAUUGGCACUCAGCUUUCGAAAAUGUUGUAUGUUUUUGUAUUUAUAUCGGACACAGGUAUAUUAUUUUAAUAUUAGGCAAGGAUUUAAAAUAAAUAAUACAAUUCCGUGUCAGGGGGUAAAUGAGGCCAGCAGUAGGAGCGGCGAACACUUGCCCUAAAGCCUCAUGGGAGGUGUAGUUUGAUGCUAAGAAGAGGACUUAAAAGAACAGCGUGCUUGCCUUUUAGUAGUAGCUGUGAUGUUUUGAAUACCCAUACAGUUUGUUAUUUUUUAAAUUGUUUUUUGCAAAGACAACUACAGGUUGUGAGCAGGAGUUAGUGACAGAAGCCUGACCUGGUGGGACUGGACUUGUACCUGUGUAGUUCACAUAGUUUAAAUACAGAACUAUAAUGAACACGUCCAUAGCUGCUCCUGUCCCUUUAAGCCGGUGCGGAAGUAACUGCAGAAUUGACGCAACACUCAGUGGAAGGUCAGGUUUUCCUCCGGUGAAUUUCAACACUACUCUUGUUUAACCAACGGUCACAACGGCAAAGCUUGUUCCUCUAAAUACAGUAGUACUUAACUUUAUGACAGCACUAACAGACUGAUGUCUGGGUCUAAAUGUACACGGCUGAGCGGAGCGCUGGUGAAACAAGUGCUGGACUCGGUGGACAGCGUCCUGUUUGACUGCGAUGGGGUCAUCUGGCGGGGGGACCAGGCCGUCCCUGGAGCCCCUCAAGUCAUAAACCUGCUCAAGGAAAAGGGGAAAAAGGUCUUCUUCGUCACCAACAACAGCACCAAGACGAGGAAGAUGUACGUCGACAAAAUGUCUACGUUGGGGUUCAAAGCGAGCGAAGAGGAGGUGUUCGGGACGGCGUACUGCUCCGCCAUGUACCUGAAGACCGUCUGCGAGCUGGAGGGGAAAGUGUACCUGAUAGGAAGCGACGCGAUGAGAGAGGAACUGGAGGCGGUGGGGAUCCGGCAGACCGGCGUGGGACCGGACCACGUCUCCGGGAAGCCGAACGACUGGGCGAACGUGCCCCUGGAUGCCGACGUGAAGGCGGUGGUGGUCGGUUUCGAUGAACACUUCAGCUACAUGAAAGUGAACAGAGCCAUGCAGUACUUGACCCAGCCGGGCUGUCUGUUUGUGGGGACCAACAGGGACACCAGGCUGCCCCUGGAGGGGGGCAAGGCCGUCCCAGGUACCGGCUGCCUGCUGCAGGCCGUGGAGACAGCAGCCCAGCGGCAGGCCCAGACAGUGGGCAAACCCAACCACUUCAUGUUCGACUGCGUGGCCUCCAAGUUCGGCGUGGACCCCGCCCGCUGUCUGAUGGUGGGCGACCGCCUGGACACGGACAUCAUGCUGGGCUCCAACUGCGGCCUGAAGACCCUCCUCACCCUCACAGGGGUCAGCACGGUGGCGGAAGCCGAGGCCCACCAGAAGAGCGGCUGCGCGGAGAGGCAGGGCAUGGUGCCGGAUUAUUACAUGGAGAGCAUCGCAGACCUUCUUCCGGCUCUGCAGGGAUGAAACUGUGGCCUUCAGGAAUGGAGCGUAGCUACGCGAUAGCCUAGCAGCUCCAAACCAGAGGAAUCUGGCUUGCCUGUCACAUGCCAGACCCCAUUGUCUUCUAAAAGGGAAUAUUUUUACAUUACAUUAAAAUGAUUAAACAUCUCUUUAACUGAGUCACAACCGAGCAGCUAGCUGAUGCCUGGCCGAGGAGACAAAGACUCCAUUAUUUAACUAAACCACUAUUAAAAACCUGCUAAUUUAACAUGAUAUCAACGAUUGAUUUAUUAAUAAGGUCAGAACAAGGAUUUACAGUAUUGUCUCAAUGUGUGUAGGAGAGUGUACUUUAAAUACCCAGCCUGUGAUGCAAUCUCCUCUUAAGCAACUACGAGUCAAACUCAAGGAGGGAAAUGAGCUCACAAAAUGUGUCCACGGUUUGGUUGUGUGUGUGUGUGUGUGUGUGUGUGUGUUCAGGUUUACAGCUGUUUUAGAGUCUAUAAA